AUAUUUUUUUUAUUUUUUUUGCCUCAUGAGUCAUGACCACCUGAACGCCCUUUUAACCAAAUGCACAAACAAACCAGAAAAACUCUCCUCUUUUCCCUACCGCUCAAUCCGGAGGUGAUGGAUGAGGUGGCCAACCACCCUGAAAGAAUCUCUUGACACCAAGAACCAACGGAGCCCACUUCUCACCAUCACUUUUUUUUUUUCAGAAGCUUCAGAAACUCCAAAAGUCAAGAACCCAACACCUCAUUGCAUCCUAUAAUAAGAGACCAAAAGAGAGAGAGAGAGAGAGAGAGAGAGAGAGAGAGAGAGAGAGGAAGAACAGAACUAAGGAUGGAUGAUUUCAGCUUCCCCACCAUUGCCGCAGACCAAGAUUCCUUCUGCCAGCUCCCCUUCCCCUCCAUCACCACCUCCUCCUUAUGGUUCCUCUCCCCCGACACAAAGACCACCAAUCUCCGAAGAAGCUUCUCCAUGGCAGAAGGAGCUGCUUCCAAUAUCACCAACACAUUUAAAAGGAAUCACAGGCCAAAUUCUCCAUCAUUCAGCGACUGCGGCGACACUUCUAUCGACUACCAGGAGAGGAUGGACAUGCUAUGGGAGGGCUUUAAUGAUGAGCUCUAUCAGGCCUCGCAUAAUCGAAAAGAAGGCAUUGUGGAGAAGAAUUUGAAAGGAUCAGCGGCUGCUGCAAAAGGUUUGUUAACUGAAAAGGAGCAGCAUGGAGCAGUCGAGCUCUGCUGGCUGCCGGCAUUAGGUGUGUCGAAGAGCAGACGUGUGCUUCACCACAAAAAGCUUAGCUUGGGGGAGAUGCUGAGGGUGUUGAAGAAGCUAUUUGUGGUUCAGAAAACUCAUUCUUCCAAGAGAAAGUCACAACAAAAAGUUAGAAAAGUAAGUUGACGGUUACUGAGUCCAUGUAUGAGAUCUUGAAGAGUGCCAUGGUAGCUAAAAGGAAGUUAAAUCACAGCACCAAAUUGUGUUGCAACUGUUCUGAAAUAAGCAGUAAAGGUUUUAUUGCUGCCCA